AUGGCUAGCAGAAAUCAUUCCACAGUGCACAUGUUUGUCUUAGUAGGCUUGAAUCAGCAGCCAGAGCUCCAGCUGCCCCUCUUCCUCCUCUUCCUGGGGAUCUACUGGGUAACAGUGAUGGGGAACCUGGGCAUGAUCCUUCUGAUUGCUGCCUGCCCUCUGCUUCACACUCCCAUGUACUAUUUCCUUGGCAGCCUGUCCUUCAUUGAUCUCUGCUAUUCCACUGUCAUUACCCCCAAAAUGCUGGUGAACUUCCUGGGGAAGAAUACAAUCCUCUAUUCUGAGUGCAUGGCCCAGCUCUUUUUCUUUGCAGUCUUUGCAGUAGCUGAGGGUUACCUCCUGACUGCCAUGGCAUAUGAUCGCUACAUUGCCGUCUGCAACCCACUCCUCUAUCAUGUGAUCAUGCCACCUCGGCUCUGCUCUCUGCUGGUGCUGGUCUCCUUCACCCUGGGCAUUCUGUCUGCUGUGGCCCAUACAAGCGCCAUGAUGAAAUUAGACUUCUGCCAAUCUCACAUCAUCAGUCAUUACUUCUGUGAUGUUCUUCCCCUGCUCAAUCUCUCCUGCUCCAGUACACACCUCAAUGAGCUUUUACUGUUUUUGAUUGCUGGGUUUAACACACUGGUGCCCACCCUCGCUGUUGCUGUCUCCUACACCUUCAUCUUCUGCAGUGUCCUUCACAUCCGGUCCUCAGAGGGACGGUCUAAAGCUUUUGGAACUUGCAGCUCUCAUCUCAUGACUGUGGGCAUCUUCUUUGGCUCCAUCACCUACAUGUAUUUCAAGCCCCCUUCGAGUAACUCCCUGGAGCAAGAGAAGGUGUCCUCCGUGUUCUACACCACAGUGAUCCCCAUGCUGAACCCUCUGAUCUACAGUCUGCGGAACCAGGAUGUGAAGAAAGCACUCAGAAGGGUCUGGAUGGGAAGAUGA